CCGAAGCAAAUCAAUUCAACUGUUGACAAAUAAUUCAGUUUCGGACAAAUGUUCGGCUCACUAGAAUAUAAUUAUCGUCCUGGCAUGACUGAGCAAUAAGUUAACUGACUAACAAGUUUAUCGGUGGCAAAUGUUUGAAAAAGAUGUCCACGGUUAGGAGACAAAAUGAAAAGGCUAAAACUGCCAUUGUGGCGCUAAAACAAGAGAAUGGAAACGAUGUCUGUGCGGACUGUUGCAAACAAGAUCCUAGCUUCACUUGUCUGAAGAAAGGGCUAUUUUUAUGCCAAAACUGCGCUCAAGUCCACACAAGUUUUGGAGCUACACAUUCAAGGACUAAAUCUAUUGAUCUAGGAAACUGGAAUGAAGAAACUCUACAGUUUAUGGAAGAGCAUGGCAAUGCUAAGGGGAAUGCAGUGUGGGCCAAGAAUGUCCCUCUUUGCUAUCGGCGACCAAAGCCUUCAGAUGCACAUGUGCUGAGGGAGCAGUGGAUAAGAGCAAAAUAUGAGCGAAAAGAGUUUAUUGAUGGUGCACCAGAGCCAAGUUAUUUAACAGGCUCAUUGAGAGGAUAUUUAAGAAAAAAAGGAAAAGAAGAUAACAGCUGGAACCUGAGACUUUUUGUUCUAUCUGCGGCGGACAAUUCACUUGCCUACUACAUUAGAGAUCAGGAUAGGGAACCGAAAAAGGAUUUGAAAAUCACUGAGAUUAAUGUCACCUUUGCGGAAGAAAGAACUAAUAAGGAAAAUAGUCUUCAGAUAACAUAUGUUACAAAGGGACGGACAAGGAAUUACUUUGUGUACUCUGAAAAUGGACAGGAGGUUGUGGAAUGGUACAUGGCCAUCAGGAAAGCAAAACUUGAUUUACUUGGAUACAAUGAAUCUGAUGUUGACCAAGAGAAGUUAGAGAAAGAGCUCACCAGGGACUUCACUAUGCAAGGAUAUUUGUCUAAGAGAGGACCAAGGGAUGAACCGUGGAGGAAAAGGUGGUUUUCGCUUGAUGUCAGAAGACUUCUGUACUUCGAACAACCAAUGGACGCUGUGGCGAAAGGUGAGUUGAUCAUUGGCUCCCACACUGAAGGCUUUGCUCUUCAAGAAGGAGUUAAAUCAGGAAAGCAUCAGGACGAAGACUACUGCUUCACUCUUACAACACCUAAACGAGAAUUUGUUAUGAUGGCGAAUACUGAAAAUGAAAGAAGAAUGUGGAUGGACUGUUUGUCAAAAGUCAUUUCACAACCCAUGACGGACGAAGACAAAGAAGAAAUGAAAAUCACGCAUAAAGCAGUGAAGGAUUCCAAGAGUAGUUUCAGUAGUGGAUUGCGACGGCUGUCGAUGUCUAGAGAUCAUGAUGAUGAUUCGCCUUAAUCAGGCUUCCGGACUUAAUACUACCCCAAUUAGCAGUGUAGUGGCAGGUUCCAAGACUAUAUUUAUAAAAAAAAAAAUUAUCUACAUAUUUUGAGUAAAAUAACUGUAACAGUGGUGUGAAGUCAGCGGUUUUUAAUAACAGAGCCAUAGAUUUACCAGGAUGGCGUCUGGCCAAUGACAAUCCAGUGAAAACAGAUCAGCAUAAACCAAUCAAAAUUCGCGGCUAAAUCGCGAAAGCGACGAAUUAGUUUGGCGAGGAGCAGAAAACAGCUCGUAGAGAUAAUUCAAUGUAGAGGGUUUUCAAGGAAGUUGAAGGGUGCAAUAAUUCAAAACAAGAAGAAUAUGAUAUUUUUAUUUUGGGCUUCAUCGAAUAUCUAUUAAGGUUAUAUUUUUUCAGAGGUUAGAGGCCUGUUAAUGCUCUCAGAUUCUCAGUGUCCAUAAUCAUUGUUUGUAUAUUACUUAUGCAUCUAAUUUUGAAAUAGGAAUAUUUUGCAAAAGCUCCAUGUGCUCGAAAACCGUGAAAUUUAUCAGCUUACAGAUCAUAAUCGCAAUGCUUGUACAUGCAAGCACAUUAUUUCUGUGCGAGGACUAGUUCCAAGCAGUGUUUGUGAUAUGAGCCCGUGAUCAGAGAAGUAUGAGCCGUUUUAAACACUCGCUGUAGAAAUCACAGCGGUCAAAAAUCUGCGUCUUUGCAAACGCCUUGAUAGCUAAGAGACGGCCAAAAGUACUUCGCGACAUUAUGGUUUCAGGCCAUCAGAACCACAGGUAGAACCACAAGAGUUCAAAACGAACAGAGAGGUUUCCUUGAAAACGAAUAGCCAUUUUGGUAGAGUUCAAAACAAGGUGGUAAAUCGACAGAAAACCUUUGAUUUAUACGCUUUGCAAGAAGUCUUAAGUUUUCCUUUCCCCUACUUCCCUAAUGAAGUUUCGUUUCACAGAUUCCUUUGAACAUUUCAGUUUUAUUGUUAUUGUAAAUUUUGCUCGACACAUGUUGAUUUUUAUGUUUUCCCUCAAAUUUGUGCGCAGGAAAUCAGCGCACGACUGAUUACAAUUGAUUCAUUGCGCACGCUCAACGUUUGACCGCUGUGUUUCUAUGAUCGCUUGGGCUCGAUAACCAGCCGCAGGUCGGGAAAGGAGCCCGACUUCCUGCCACUAAGACCGGACUGAAGGUAGCGGUGAAGAUCAACUCUCUCCUAUGGCAGACAUGCUCACUUUUGGUCCUUCAUAUUUAGAUAGCACUGUAAAUACUAUUUUUCAUUUGUGCUCAUAGUUGAAAAAAAUUCUUGCUGUUGAACAAAUAAAUACGAAGGGAUCGCAUGGGUUUAUGGAUCAGUAUGACACUGAAUUUAUGGUGCGAAGUAUAAAUAUUAAUUAGAUUAUAUAAAUUAAAUUAAACAAAAUUAGCAGUAGCAAAGUGAUUUGAGCAAUUUAGAUUACUUUAAAUUUGAUUGUGAUAAUAAGUAUUUAGACAAUAGACUAUACAUUUAUGUAUAACUUGCCUGUACUUAACCGAGCAGUUAUAAAAAAAUACAGUCAACCAG